AUGGCGCCCAUCAUUCACGCUGUUCGUCACGCUCAGGGCGUGCACAACCUUUGCACUGCGAACCACGUCAUUCACGAUCCCCUCCUUACGGACCUGGGCCAUGAACAAUGCGCGCAACUCGAGAAGGCUUUCCCCCGACACGCCCAAGUGGACUUGGUUACUGCAUCGCCUUUGCGUCGAACGAUCUAUACUGCGCUCGAGAGUUUUCGCCCUGUUUUCGAUGCACACCCGGAUACGAAGCUGAUUGCGAUCCCGGACGCGCAAGAGACGUCAGAUGUACCGUGCGAUACUGGCAGCGAUGCCGAGGUGUUGAAGAAAGAAUUUGUCGGAAAGCCUGUGGACUUGGGUCUUUUGCAUGAUGGGUGGAAUGUCAAGGAUGGCAGAUAUGCUCCCAGGACCCGGGCACUCAAAGACCGCGCACGUGCUACGCGCCGCUGGCUUAAGGCUCGGCCUGAGAAAGAGAUUGUGCUGGUAACCCACGGUGGAUUCCUGCAUUACUUUACGGAGGAUUGGGAGGACAGCAGCCAGUACCAAGGUACCGGCUGGAAGAACACCGAGUACCGCACCUACACUUUCACGGAAGAGGAUCACGACCACGACUUGGAGGGUAACCCGAUCGACGGCGACAAUGCCACACUGACGGAGACAAUCGAGUCUCGACAGCGACGUGGCAAGGCUGGUCCGACGCCUGAUCGCGAGCAGCAGAAGAAACUUUACAAGGCCGGCACACAAGGCUGGGACGAUCAAGGCCUGCAGAUGAGCACGGCGGACAGAGAUGCCGCCAAGGUUCCCGAGGGCAAGGAAGUCGACGGCGUGCGCGUGUAG